AUGGAUCUCCUCACAGGAGUUGUACCAGUUCUCGUUCGCCAAGCAGCUCUGAAACACUUCAGCAACUCUCUGUAUCAGCAGCUAGAGCACGUUCAUCUUGGAAUUCUGCCGACCGGAGUCUUGGGACUUCAUCCAGUAACCACACUUUACAAUGGAAACACUUUCUCUGCUUCCGCGAGCGAGGUAUUUUUUUUUUGAUGAUUCUAGCAGUUUUGAUGAUCUUAGCAUCAUAGCAACCUGAAACUCCUUAAAAAUUAAAAUUAUGCUGGAAAAACUGUGCCAUUCCGUAGACCAACACCAUCUCAAAAAUUCAAUCUUGCAAUUCGCAGCUCUAAACUUCGAGCUGUAAAUUUGAGAGUUUACCAACGUAUUUUCAGGUCCGUCAUACAACUUCAUACAAAUGCCAGAUAGACUUCCAAAACACCGAAGAGCUCAAAGUCGACCUGGGAGUUCUGAAAACGAAAUUCGAAGACCAACCAAAUUUCACCUUCGGGAAAACAAAAGACAAUAAGCAAUAUUUUGUGAUAGCUGCUCUGAAAGACGUUCAGGUUUUUAUUUAUAUUCUUAUUUUUUUUUGAACUUUUUUUGAUGCAUAAUUCAAAGAUGUUUUUGAGAAAGAAGUCUCAAUAGAAGAUCUCCUUUUUACGUGUGGAGCUCUGUUGGCGAUCAAGCAUGAUCUACGUCAUAAAGAGGUUUGUUUGCAACAACUCUAGGAUAGUCUUUUCUGAAAAAAUUUCAGAUAUUGCAAAUUGCAAAAGUGCAACUUCCGAUUGUGAUCACCGAAAGUUUCACGGUCUGCCUCAAUUUUCCGUCUGCAGAUAACACGGAGAUCGAUAUUUUCGACGAAAAUAUGACGCACUGCGGCUCCAUCAGAGGAAUCGAAUACAAGCAAACGAUUGCAUGA